GAAAACAAAAUUAAUAAAAUGUCUACAAGAUUUAUGAUAGCUCUUAUUAUGAAACUUUUGUCUAUUUUGUUCUCAGCAGCUUUAAUUUGUUCCAAUCAAAGUAUGGUACCUCUCAAAUCUUUCAAGAUAAACGACAAUGUAACAUAUGAUUGCAUAGAUAUUUAUAAGCAGCCAGGACUUGAUCACCCCUUGCUAAGAAACCACACAAUCCAGAUGCAACCAUCAGUUUCGAGACACGAAAUAAAGAAAAAAAUUGGCAACAACAAAACAUUUAAGAAAAUGAAAUGUCCAUAUGGAACUGUUCCUGUAUUGAGAAAUACAAAAGAAUUCAUCAGCAGUGCGCAGCUUUUUGUCAACAAUUCCCAUCUGAUAUCAGCUGAUAGCCCUGGAACACAUAUUGCUGGAAUAAGGUCACAUAAUGGUUCAUUUCGUGGUAUAGAAGCUUGGUUUAAUGGAAUUAACCUAAAUGUUGGAAAAGAUCAAGCUUCUUAUAGUCAAAUAUAUAUAAGCGGUGGAUUAUAUAAAGAUGCAAAUUUUAUCUCCGCGGGGUGGAUGAUAAAUCCAGCUCUUUUUGGUGACGGACGUGUUUGGACAUAUGGAUUUUGGAAGGGUAAAGGAGGAAAAGGAUGUUAUAAUACGGCAUGUUCAGGAUUUGUUCAAGUCUCGCAUUAUGUUCCAAUAUCUGAACCCAUUGAUCUUAAGCCAGGGAAAUUUGAAUGGAUGCUUUGCUCUAUCCAUCAGGAUAAACAGACAGGAAACUGGUGGCUAUCAAAAAUUGCGCCUGAUGAGGAUGUUGGCUACUGGCCUAAAGAGCUAUUUGAUCAAUUAGAAAAUGGUGCAAAUAUGAUUGGUGCUGGAGGUGUGGUUCAGGCUUCGCAUUCUGGUUCAAGUCCUCCGAUGGGUAUGGGUAAUUUUCCUAAUAGAAUACCUUCAGAAUCAGCAAUUUUUGCGAAGAUUGAAGUACUGAGUUCUAACUUUGAGAAAUGUAAAAUUAAUCAUUUUCCUAUAGAGAAGUUGGUAGAUAGUGCGAAAUGUUAUGGGCUAAGAAUUGGUAAAAAUAUUUCAUAUUCUACUAGUGAACUUGGUUUCUUUUUCAAUUAUGGUAGUCCAGGAGGAAACUCUUGUGGAAUUUGAUAUAUGUAAUUUGAUAUUUAAUAAAUAUAUUCUAAAAUAAUAAUAAUAUGCAAACUUAUAUACGGC